CUCUCCUCCCCAGUCUGCAGAGACAGAACAAGAAGAGCUGGUGUGCCUUGGGUCUGCUGUGGAAGAAAAGACAAUGCCUCCAGGCUUCGUCCCCAACUUUCAGCCAGUUUCCAGAAUGGACUUGGCUUACUCAAUAUGUGCUUGGUAGGAUCUCCCACAACCAGGAAAGCCCGCAUUCCAAAACCCAGCAUCCCCCCUAAGAGCAAACAACAUCCCCACUGUUCAUCUUCUGAAUCAGUCUCCAGCUUGGAAAAAAAAGCCUGCAUCACAUCCGAAGAGUCUAUACAAGAUCCACCACCAACAGGAAAUCAAAUAGGAUCUGAUGUGCCUGCUCCUGUAUUUUUACAGUUUCAUGCCCUAUCACUACCUGGGGCCAGAGUGGCAUUUAUCCCAACCCUUAUACGAAUAUUCUCAGGUGCAGCAAGAGAGGCAUCCAAACUCUCUCCAAGGUAUGCCACUGUACACCCCAAUGCCACCCUUCUGUUCUGGGAGCCAGGAAUCAAGGCCUGAUGCAAGGGCAUGGCAACUCCAAGUCAAAUCCAAUGGAACAUGAACACAGGUCCGGGUAGCAUCUGCGCAAGACAAAGAACUUCUUAACAUUUUAAAAAUCCCACCCCCAAGAUGUUUGCAAAAGCAACAAGAAAUUUUGUGAGAGAGGUUGACUGUGGAGGAGACUUGAUUCCUGUCUCCAGUCUGAAUAAUUUGGAUAAACUGCAUUUCCUGAGCUUGGUGACAAAGAAGAAGAAAAGCUGGUGCUGGCAAAAGCCCAAGUACCAUCUUUUGUCACUCUCGCUGAAUGAUGUGCUUGCUAAAGACAAACCCAUAAACCCAGUUGUUGUGGAAUCUGACUUUGCGAAAUAUGAGGGGACAUUUGAAGACUAUGUCACGGGAAGUAUCGCAACAUCUCUUGGAAAGAUUAAUCUCACAGCUGGAGGAAGAGGUGUCGUGAAAAGCCAGUCAUCUUUUGGAAAUCUAAAAAAACAAGAGGUUGAUUUGCAGACACUUAUGACCGAUAUCAAGGGAAGAACAAUAAAUCUGCACAAUACAUUGUUGCAACAGAUGCUUGAAAGAAAGAAUGAGGUCCUUUGUAUCUUGACAGAGAGAAUAGUAACAACUCAGAAGUGCUUAAUAUCAGAACAUAUUCAGACAGAAGAAAAAAUGGCUGGUAUGGUGGGGAUACGAACAAAAAUUAUAAAGGUGUCAGUGAGUGAAAAUGGGAAUGUGAUGAAGGAUUCUAAUGUGGUUCUGGAGAUUCCUUCUCCCACAGCUAUUGCUUAUGGUGUAAUUGAACUGUAUAUAAAGCAUGAUGGUCAAUUUGAAUUCUGCUUGCUUCAUGAACAACAAGGUGGGUUUGAAAGAGAGAGCACAGAAGGACCAUCAUACCAACCUUCAAUUUUCAGAGAUGCUCUCUUCCCACAUCUUUUGGAUGCCGUGGAUAAUGAGAAGCAGUCCAGUCCAGAAAGCCCUAUUCCCAGUGGUGCUUCACUGAGUGUUCUUAGAAGAGAUAUCAUUCAAUUAAAGACUCAGUUCCAGCCUUUUACAAACCUGUCAGAAGGAAAGCAAGGAGCUUUAUACCAAAUAUUCUGUGAACUUCUGCUCCAUGAAGAAAUGUUAACUCAGUUGGAGGAUGUGCUGGAUCAUAUAUGUUCUGAAGAUAAUCCAGAAUCUUUAAUCUCGAAGCAGCUGAAGCCUUUAGAGGAACAAAAUAUCAAGCAGUUCAUAGAGCUUCUGGGAAUACAUUUACAGAACAAACAGCCAACGCAGAAAGAUCCAACACUCUGUAAUAAAGAGCUUCUCUUAGCUGCUCACAUCCUUCUCAGUGCUGUGGCAGAACUCUCCGAUUACGCUCUUGUCCUGCUGCGUGCCUGCUGUGAUCUCCAUGUCAUUCCUGCUCUGUGUUGCUUGCCUGAUCUGACUUCAAGGGAUGGUUCACUGACACUGGGAAAUCCAGCACUGGCUCCACUUGCUGACAAAGGAAAGUUUUGGCUAGCACAAAGACUGUUUGCUUUAUCAAAUAUCAACCUUGAAAUGACAGAGUCUUCCAUAAGAGUUGUAACUACGAAGAAACCCAGAUUUUUCCCAUUUAUUCUCUAUAUAGCAUUGUAUGGACUUUACACUUUAGGAUCUAAUGCAGCUGAUGCUUGAGGUAAGUGGCAUGGCUGGUUUAAUAGCAAAAUGACUGUAUUAUUUAAUAGCCUUCUUUAUAAAAGAGCUGAUUCUGGCUGAGAUGAAUCCACAAUAUCAGUAUUAUGGAAAUAGGGCAUUUAUGUUUUAUAAAUGACAUAGGACAUGUUACCUCAUUUUAUACACUCAGACAUUACUAGGCUCCACAGUCCAAAACAUUUAUGCGCUUUGUUUUUUUUAUUAUGUAUGUUAUCCAAAAUGUCAUGGUGGAAAGAAUAAGAACUGAGUUCUCUCUUUCCAUCUCCCUUUGUUUUGGGGAAAAGGCUGUGGUUGAGCCCAUGGUUUGUAUGUAAAAUACCUUAUUGUGGUGAAUUACAGGUGUCACUAGAUAGGGUGGGAAGGCCUCUAGCCUCAACCCGUAAGACAGCUAAACCUUUAAUGAUGUCAAAACUAUAACCUUUUCAAAUACUGAUCUGCAAUAAACUAAGCAAUAUUCAGAAAAUGUUUAAUUAUAAGAAUGUGUACUCAAGCUGAUUGUGGUAUUCAGCAAGUUACAUUCACCCUAUGCAACCUAAAUAUUCAGGAACGCUUCUCCAAGGGGAUUCAGACAGUAGGUAGGACAGCGUGCAAAUAAGAGGCAACACCACAUUUUCCAUUAUUAAAUUUUCAUUUCAUAUAUACAAAAAUACUUUAUUAGGAGUUAACAGGAUUUCACAGCUUUAUACAUUUCAACAGUUAUACAGAAUGACAAAUGACUUGAGCAAGAAAACAUUAAGGGAGAUCUGUUUUUAAGUAGUUAGAACUGCAGUUUAGCCACAUAACUCUUAAUGGUACUAAUAUUAAGGUUACACAGCCAUUUUCUCAUGGUCCUUCAGUACAGUAUUCUAAACUGACCACUGUAGCUGACAAUUCUAUUACAGAAGGGGACAUCUUAGAUUUCCCAAAAGUCCAGUUCAGUUUUUCAUCAUAUGGUGCACAAAUAGUUUAUGUUCAAAUCUGUGCACACAGAGAAAGGAAACAAGUGCUUAAUAAAACUAAAAAGUUAAAACAAACAAAAUUUUGUGUGAUAUAACCAACACAAUUCAAGACUGGCAUUUCUAAAUAAUGGGUUUUUGGCCAAUAUUAGAAUUAUGAAAUACAAGAACAUGUAGACAGAAAAGUGUAGUAUUUGAAGUAAUGACCCUGUUAAAAUUUAUUCAAGGAUGUUAAUAGCAUCCAGGAUACAUUAAUUUGAACAGAGAUGCUAUUACAUGUUUUUCCCCCCUGGUCAAGUGGGCUGCUAUUCAAUAGUAGCUGAAAUUCUAUGAUGCAACGUCUUGUGCAUAAUUGAGAUAUCAUAAACAGUGGCAAAUUAUUGCUGUUAAAGGCCAUUUCAGAUUGCACACAACUUGUUUACAAUGUAAUAUAUGCCCCUCCAAAGUCCCCAGAAGCCUUUAAGCACAGCUUAUUCAUCACCAUUGUGCAUACAGAGCUGUGAAACAGGAUUUCACCAGCAUAAUGGAUUUUUUUGUGUGUGCCUUAGUAAGACAUUUAUGUUGUCCUUAAACUGGAAUAAAAAAGCAGAAACAUUAAUUUCUGGAAGACUAAUAGUUUUCUGCCAUAACGCUGCAAAAUCCAACAACUAUAAUUUACUUCUGAUUAAUGGAAGAGAUCCACACUUAGCUGCAAGAGCCUUCACUGGUUUACUACAGAGGCUGAAAUCCUGUUGCUUAGGUACAUGUGCAUAACGCAAAGAUAUCCAUGAAGCCCUUCUGCAGGCUUUGCUGUGAAGUGUGUGACUGAUUGCACAAUAAAACAGUGCAAUGGUGCAUGUCUGAGCAUAAUGCCUAACAUUUCUGCAGGCAUACUUUAUAUUACAUCAGCUUGAACAGGAUUUCAGCCGUCCCUUUAUAUUAAAUUUACAUAAUAGUCUUCCAAAUAGACCCAUAUGAGACAAGGCCAUUUAAACAACAAAUGCUAAAUUAAUCUAAAUCCUGUUAAGAGUAUCAAAUAGCAAAAUGUAUAAGGAAAUUCUCUGCAGGAGUCAGGAGAUGUCUUGUAACCAGACAAUAGCUUACUGUUCUUUCAUCAUAGGUGUUAGUUUUUAGAAUGAAUUUCCUUUGGUGGAUAAAAGGAGGUUGUCUCACACAAACAUUAACAUUUUAAGUUCUACAACAGCUACAGUUAUAUAAGAAACACAAUUUUUAAUCAGUCAGCUGUUGACAAGGAACAAAAGCAGACAUUUAAACAAAAAUACUGAGAUUAAGUCUCUCUCCCCUGCCUCCUUUGGAUGGAGGUUCUGGAAGAAUGUAAGGCGAACAUGGAUAACUUGUAACUUUCCAUAAGAUGCUACACUGCAGUUCUCUUCAUACCACUGGCUAUGCUGCCUAGGACUGAUGGAAGUUUUGAUCAAAAAAGUUCUGUAGGACCACACAUUGCCUGCUCUUAAAAUAUGGUCUAAGUGCUCUCUAGAUCACAGUAGAUGUAGCUCAAACACAGAAGUGGAAAAAUGUACCUCUGAGUGCUCCGUCUCCAAAAUCAGUUUUUAGAAAAGUUUUUGCCCCACCCCCAUACUCUUGUGCUCUCUAAGGGGUGAGAGAGUCAAUUCUGCCAUGCUGGGGUGGGUGGGGACAGAACUCAUCCCUAGAGUUUUAAUUAAAAAAAAGACUUUUACUACUAGAGGGUGCAAGAGUUUUUUCAAUGAAAUAAUCCACUACUGUUAGAAAAAUUUGAGGAGUCCAGCCCUCCAAGGUCCAGAGAGGGGGGGGCGUAGUCCCUGGACCUUUGAAACCUGUUUGUCCUCCUCUUGUAUCUAGUUCCAUCACUACCAGAGUACAAAAAUGUGUACUAAAGUUGCCACCCAAUUUUAUGUAUAUCAAUACCAGCUGAAAAACUGAACAAGACUGUUUGCUUUCUUUUUCCUUAUAACAGCCUUCACCAGAGCCCUUGAAAGCAGCUUUUCCUAGUCUUUCAAAAUAAGGGAUGGUCUUCAGUAAUUCUACACAAAAAUCCAAGUUAACAGAUUUUGCAUAAUGUAUUCUUCUGUUAGCAAUUGUAAGUGGAAUCAGUACAGCAGUGAAAUCAUCAGCCCUGGAGAUACUACAAAAUCCCUGUACUAUACUCACAACUGGAGAUGCCUCUGAGUGGGUGCCUGCUGGAUGGGCCAAGCGCUGAACUACAGAUCAGUUGUUCAGCUGGGAAACAAACUGUGCUGAACUGCCAAACCAGUAGUACAUGCCCAUCACUACUCACAACCUAAAAGUUUCUGUGUUGCCUAAUAGGUAGAACAUUUGAAACAUGGUUCUCAAAAAGCAGAAGUCUGGAUCAUGAAACCAUGAUUGUUUCAUUUUAAGUGUUUUUUUCUAUGAUUAUUAAUUUUUAAAAAAUCUUAUUACAGAUGUAACGCACAAGGUAAACAGCAUCUCACAACAGAAUUAUUUUGAAACAAAGUUAUUUAAGCUUUUAGUAUGCAGUAUUUAGAACCCAGUGUGUUAACUAAAGAAAUGCAAGAGUUGCUAAGGCAUAACUAUUUGUGAUCAGAAACAAAAAGGGGAGGUGACUGCUGUCCACCAUCCCAGCCCCAUUUUCCAUGCCUAUGUCCAGCUCUAUCUGUGACUAUUUCACCCUUGCCUCAUACCUUAUUUUGUGACAACUAGGUGUGUUCUGUUCAUAAAUGGAUUCAGCUUGUAAAAUAUUUACAAAUUUAGAAAAUAACAAUGACUAUUUAAACACAAUAGCAGCCCUAUUCUUUGAAAAAUGAAGUAAACGGAUUUGGACAAAUAAAGAUGUUUUAAAACUUGU